AAAACCCCACUAGUCCACCUCUAAAUCACAAAUUGCGCAACUAAACCCACAAGUCUAGAGAGAGAGAGAGAGAGAGAGUGAGAGUGUCAAUAGAGAGAGAGAAAAAUGGCGAGAUUGACGGUGCUGAUUGCUGCGGUGGUACUGGCUUAUGUAGUGGUGAUGCCAGUGCCGGGAGUGACCGCGAAGAAGUAUACCGUCGGUGACAACAAGUUCUGGAACCCAAACAUCAACUACACCAUCUGGGCUCAGGGAAAGCAUUUCUACCUCGGUGACUGGCUCUAUUUCGUGUUCGACAGAAACCAACACAACAUUCUCGAAGUAAACAAAACCGACUACGAAAACUGCAAUUCCGACCAUCCUCUCGUAAACUGGACACGUGGAGCAGGGAGAGACGUUGUCCCUCUCAACGUGACCAAGCACUACUAUCUGCUCGACGGAAAGGGUGGAUGUUACGGAGGCAUGAAGCUCGCUGUUAAAGUAGAGAAGCUCCCUCCUCCACCAAAAUCGGCACCUGUCAAGAACAUUGGAUCAGUCUCCGUGGUCACAGGUCUCGCUCAGUUCAUGAUUCCGUUUGCCCUGUUAAGGAUGUGGUAAGUGACCAAUCUCACAGUUUUUUUGGAUCACAUCCAAAUUGCAAAAAACAAAAACCUAAAAUUCUUUUUCAGGGAAAAUCAUUUAAGUUAGAAAUGUCCAAUCAGUUCAAUUUUCUUUAUUAAUGUUUUGUUUUGUUUUGUUUGUGUGUUUGAAUUAAUUGUCUAAAAGGGGCUGUACUUGAUUUAUUUUGCUGAAAUAUUAAUUGUUGAAACAAUGAGAGAGUGUAUUAUCUGGAUGAUGUGUGAAUGAAAUCAUAUAAAAAUAGAAAAUUUUAAAUAUGAUUUCUACUAACGUA